AUGCAGAAAAAGAUUAAAGAAUUUAACGAGAGAAUUAACACAACAUUCACUAAUGAGAUAUCUACUAUUGUGAAUGAAGCAAACAAUUUUAUUGUUGAAGUAAAAUUAACUGAGGAAGAGAAAGAAUUAGCCAAGAAAAAAGGUCAUGGUGAACUUAAAUUAAGAGAUGAAGUAAAACCAAAUCCAGUUAGAGGCGAACUAGAUCCUAACGACCUUAGCAACUUAGAUAAUAAUGCUCUUUUUUAUGGAGCGCCUAGAACUGGCAAAUCAGUAAUGGCAGAAAAGUUGGCUUAUGAAGCGGAUAUUUAUCCGUUGGUAACUAUUAAAGGCUCAACUUUAACUCCUAAAAAACCUGACAAUGAUAUUGGUGCUACUCUAUUGCUAAAAUUCAUCUUUACUAUUUCUGAUAUAACUCAUAAAUUAGUAGAGGACUAUGGUUUUGAAAGGGAAGAAGAUGGAGAAGUUCGCUACAUUCUUUUUAUUGAUGAAGCUGAUCAAAUAUGCACAACUCACGCCUUACCUCCCAAAGAUGCCUCUUCGCAGUUAACCUUUUUGAAGGAAUGCAUGGGCGAUGACAACAAGGAUGAAGAAACUAAGAACCUAUGA